GGCUGUAGGGCCAUGUGAUCCUGCGGCCUCGGCGUUGUCAGUACACGUCACGCCGUGCUUCUGCCGCCGUCAGGCCGAGGAGAUGAGGCGGACAGAAUGACUGAUAUUCGCCAUUCUCUUUUGAGGCGGGAUGCUUUAAGUGCAGCAAAAGAACUCCUUUACCAUUUGGACAUCAUCUUUAGCAGCCAACUGCAGAAUGUACCUGGUCCACUUGUUGACAAGUCCACCAUUGAGCUUGUGGAGGAAUUUAUAUUCCAGCUUUCAAAAGAACGUAAUAUUCAACCAAAAAGGUUGAGCUCAUUACAGGAGUUGCAGCUGCUGGAGAUCAUGUGUAGCUAUUUCCAAGAACAAAAUAAAGAUGCAGUUCGACAGAUCAUUUUCUCUGCGCUGUUUGCUCCUCAGGGUAAUAAAGCAGAUGAAAACAGAUUGGCUAUGUUGGGAAAACUUGUAUCCAUGGCAAUAGCAAUCUGUCGAGUUCCCAUUUUGGAAUGUACUGCAUUAUGGUUGCAGAGAACACAUGCAGUAUUCUGUGUAAGACUUGCUAAGGUCCUGACUGAGGAUUACUGCAUUUUGGUACCAGGAUCAGUUCAGACCUUAAAACGAAUUGUUCAUGCCAGCCCUCGAUUCUGCUGUCAGUUGAUCACUGCAGUUACUGCAUUGUAUGACCUUUCAACAGAUGACUUAAUACCUCCUUAUGAUCUCCUGGAGAUGGUUGUAUCUUGGGUGUAUGAUGAUCCACGUCUGACACUGAUUACAUUUUUGAACAGUCCAGCUAGUCUACCACGUGGUUUUUUGGAACUCACGCCACUUCCAGGCCUGAUUCGUUGGUGUGUACUCGCACCUUUGGCCUACAGAAGGAACCACAAAAUUUCUUCAGCUCAGUCCUUGACAAAUGGCAACAGUAAUAAAAUGUGCAAGGAGUUUGAAAAUGAUGACUUCAAAAUUCUUUAUUCAAAGUUGCAUCUGAGUGUUCUUCAGGUCCUUAUGAUACUUCAGGGCCAUUUGACAGAAAAGAACUUGUAUGGACGUUUGGAGCUUAUCAUGUUUGAUCAUGUAGAUCGGCUUGUUGAAGACAUUAACAAACUUGUUAAAGAACUCAAUCUUUCAAAUCCUGUGAAGGAGGUUGAACUUGCAUUAGAUAGAUUAGCUCAAGCCCUACAAGUCGGUAUUGCAUCAGGAGCACUAUUGUGUACUCGAGAUGACUUACGAUCAAUCUGCUCUGUGCUUCCACAUAACAACUUGCUUCAGUUGGUCCUUACGGGACCAGUACAACAGUCUCCACCUACAACAUUGCCACCAGGAUUCUAUCCACACAUCCAUGCAUCAUCUGCUGGAUAUCCCAUGUAUUCAACCCAUCCAGUGCAGACAUAUAUGCCGGGAAUGGCUUUUUCAUAUAGACCAAUGCGAUAAAGGAUUGGCCAUUACACUGAAUUUGAUUGCAUAUACCUCUCUUUGGAAUAUAGACUUAUGGAUUCAAACCAAUUGUGGAAAAUAGUUUCAGUACCUUUUUUUUAAAACUGAAAAUUUGUACUAUCAGUGAAGAUAAAAUGGAUUGAUUGAAACCUGCGCAUUUAUAUUUCGUAAGGAUAUUUACCAACUUUUAUUUCCAAAAGUAACACGAUUGAGACUUUUUCACAUUUAGGAAGCUACCACAAUUUUAAAAAAGCGAAGGUUUUUAAUUGUAUCCAUUUGUUAAUUAUCUGUAACUUAAUAUUGUUUACUUGCCUAUAU